CCUCCCCUCCCCUCCCCUCCCCGCGGUGUGAGUGCCUGCCCGCUGCGGGCCGCCCCGGGGGGCGGGAGCGGAGACCCGGGGCACGUUUUCUUGUAGGUGUCUGUGAAGCCCCCCAGUGCAGCGAUGGAGCCCCAGCCCCUGCCCCUGCCCUGGCUGCAGAGCUUUGACAAGCCAUGUCGCCUCCUGCUCCAUGCGCUUGCCUCUGGCUCCUCCGGGACGCUGGCUGCCUUCCGAAUGCUGCAGCGGGUCCAGGCCCACGAGGGACCAGGGCAGGCGUUUCCCUGGCACGCCUUCGCUACAGCCCUGUGCGCCGAGGAACCCACGCUGGAGGGACCAGAGGGGGCCCUGGCUGUCAAACCACGUCUGCUGCUGCUCCCCGUUGUGUGCCAGAGAAACCUCUUCUCCCUGCUCCUCGUGAUGCAAGCCGUGGUGCCGGGGGGCUGCCUCAGCCGGCUGCUCCAGGCUGUGGAGCAGGAUUCCCAUGUGGAUCCCUGGGUGCGGACGCUAGGGGAUCUGCUCCAGCAGGGACUGAGGGGAGAGGGAUGCUCUCCGCCUCCUGUUCCCUUGUCUUCCACAUGCCAGCAGCAGCUUAGGUGUCUGUGCCAGAAAAUUGCCCAGAACAAACCAGAGGGGCUAAGAAAACCGAACUGGUUCUUCAGCAAGCAGCCUGGUGCUGCUGGAGACGUGGCUGACACUGUGCUUCAAGGUGGGAAGCGCAAGAAAGUGUCGGAGGAGAGCCUGGAGUUGGAUGUGGAGAGAGAGGGGAAGAGGUUGCUGCUGGAGGAGGCAGCGUUUGACUCCCCGGGAGCCCAGGAGCGUGGGGAUGUGGCAGAGGUGGAAGAGGAGGUGCCUGGGGAUACUUCAGGAGACAGAUCUGCUCAGAGCCUGGCUGAAGCUGUGCCGGAAAGCUCCCAGCAGGGUGCAGCCGGGGAGCCCAAGAAGAUCUCCCAGGCAGAGCUGGCAGCAGAGGUCCAGUCCUUUCUCCAGGUGCAUGGACCGAGGCUGAAAAUGCUGCUGCAGAAGUCGUCCAAUCCCUCAGAGCUGAGCAUCCCGCCCGAGCUGCACAUCCUGAACAGCUGCUCUCCCAGCCAGCUUGAGGGGCUGUGCUCCUUCCUCCAGCUCUCCGCGUGCCCAGAGCACCUCCUGGUGUGUUUCUGCAGCUGGCUGCUGGCUCUCACCCCCGACCUCAGCUACACCAGUGCGGCCAUCCUGGCAGAACAGCUCUUUCUCAGGCGAGUCCUGUCCCUCACCCAGCCGCCCUCCCGCCACCUCAUGGCUGCCCUCGCUUCGUUUUGCUCCAAGUAUUCCCAGCCCUUCUGUCGAGUCCUGGUGGCUGCGGUCCUGCGGGAGCCGGGAGAAGGUGCUGAGCAGAUCAAGCUGGUGUGCGAGCUUGUGGAGGAGUGCCUGGAGCCAGACUGUGUGAGACUCGUGCUAAGCCAGGUCCUGGAGGUGCCUUUGUCAGAGAAGCUCCUGCCAGUGCUGCAGGCUGUGCUGGGGCGGCAGGAGGUGCUGCCCCCCGAGCUCUUCGAUCUCCUGGUCCUGACCCUGUGCCGGCAGGCCCCAGCCUUUGCCAUGUCGCUGAAUUACGCCAAGCUGGUGACGGCCGUGCUCACCCUGUACCAAAGCCAGGUCACCCCAGCCCACCGGAGCCGUCUGGCUGCUGCUCUGGAUCAGAGCAAUGCAGCUCUGAAGAAAUCGCUGCAGGCAGUGCUGGAAGGAGCCAGGUGAGGUGAACACCAAAGGGAACCACAAGGAGAUGGCUUCCUUGGGCAGAGGAUGCUCAUUAGGUGGUGGUAGCUGCAGCCCAGUCCCUCACUGGGAUUCACCACCAACGUGUUGGAGACCCAGCGAGCGUGGGCUGUGGCACACAGAGUGCCCACGCCUCUGCCCGGGGCCUUGCAGCAACACCUCGCGCUCAACCGGCAUGGUUUGAGGUGGGCCAUCGCUGGGCAACACCACCCCAGCCCCACGCACGCCCCGAGGCUUGAAGAUGAGUGUUUUCUUGUUUAAACAAUGAAUACAUUUCCAGUCAACUCUCUUGUCUGGUCUGUCUCUGGGCGGCCGCAGAGCCUGCUGCGGGCGCCUUGCCACACUCAAGAUGGCAACUCUCACCUUCCUGCCCUGCCAUGCUCAACAUGGCGCCUCCCUCCCCGCCUCUCCCAAGAUGGCAGCAGAGGAGGAGCUGUGGAGGGGCCGGGCUGCAGGAUGGCUCCAGGCACUGGUUCUCCUCCCUCCUCUUCCUCUCUGCUCCCAACCUCCAGCGGUCCAGGCACCACAAAGCCCUGGACUGCCCCACAUCAGCACUGGGGCCAUGGGCAUGAGGGGUGGCCAGGCUGCACAACGCCUGGAUGGGGGUAAUUGCAUAAAGGUGACUCUUUUGUAGAUGAUUUGUGGCCAAAAGGUGGCUUUUUUUUUUAAGCGGGGAAAACAAAAAAAAUCCAUUAUUGCUUUAACAAUGGAGUAACGUUGGCGCACAAUUACUUGAAGAGCACCUGAAGGUGGGCUGCGGCUGAUCCUGGGCCCAAGGCCAGCUGUCAUCUCUCCUUAGAGAGGAAAUGUUGCCCGUUUUCCCCAUAUGUUCCCUUAUAAAAAAGGGUUUUCCAUCAAGCAGGUCCCCAUGUUACCCAGCCAGGCAGCAAGAAGCUGCAGAAGAAGCAGAAGCGCUUCUCUGCGUUCAGGUCCCCUUUGGCUUCAUGAGCAUGCCGGUUGAUGUGAUGUCUCCUACUCUGUGCCAGCAUCUCUGAUAACUUUGUAAAUCUGAAGAGCUUGAUUGAGCAUCCAUGUGUCUCAUCAGUCUGGUUUGCAGGUGCCCCUACUUGUUUUGACCUAGAUCCACUUCCUGAUAAAAAUGGAGUGACAUGGCUGCAAUAUUUCCCGAGUACACGGCUGGGAACUACAAUGCUUCAUCAAGGGCUGAUGCUGGUAAGGCAGGUUGCUCCUUUAUGGCUCCAGUUCUGCACAAAGCUGGCAAACCUUCUCCUUCCUCACAGUGGCAGCCUGCUACCCAAGGCAGAGAGUUGUCAUCUUCAAAACCUCCAUAUUUCAAGUGUUUUUCUAGUAUUGUGAUGGCCCAGAGCAAGCAAUGCUCCCUGGUGGAGUUCACAGGUCCUUAGUUCUUAACACAUCACUGAAUCAAGACAUAAACUGAUUUGAGGCUGUUUGGAGAUAAUAAUUCUGGACUAGGUUUAAUUGACCAUCGUGAUUUUUAUCUUGGCUCAAAGGAGCCAAGGCUCAAGUGGUACAUUUUGUGCACAUCACCUUUCUUUCUGGCUAAGCUGUUUUUCAGGUGAUGCAGCAGUGAUCUGCUUGGUUGUUUAUCUGGUCUGCAGGGAUUUACAAACUUCAGGAUGCAGAAGAGUGGGGUUUAGAUUAAGAACUGUCAUGGUUUUGGCUGGGAUGGAGUUAGUUUUCUUCACUCUAGCUGGUGUGUGUUUUGGAUUUAGUGUGGGCAUAGUGUUGAUGGCACACUGAUGUCUUAGUUGUUGCUAAGUAGUUGCUAAGUAGGUGCUAAGUGUUGCUAGGUGGUGCUUAUACUGGUCAAGGACUUUUCCAGCUUCCUAUCCUUUGCCAGGGGCUUGGGAGGGGGACAGAUGAGACAGCCGAUCUGGGCUGGCCAGGGCAAUAUUCCGUAUCAUAUGAUGUCAUGCCCAGUAUAUUAACUGGGGGAGUUGGGGGGAUGGAGUGAUCAUGUCUCAGGGACUGGUGAUGUUGGUUGGCGGGUGGUGAGUGGUUGCAUCACUUGGUUGGAUGGUUAUUCCUGCCCCGGGUUUCAUGUGUCUCUUAUUUUCCUUUUCAUUAUAUUGUUGUUGUUGUUAUUAUUACUGUUUUAUUUUAAUUAUUAAACUCUUCUUAUUUCAGCUCA